AUGCCGAUGCUUGCGGAGCGUCCGCGCUCAUCGCAAGAGGCGCUCCUCCGCCUCGAAAAAGGCACUGCCUCUCCGACGACCCAGCUUCACGAAGCGGCGCAGAUUCUCGGACUAGACUUGACGCUGUGUGAAAGUCACCCGGAAGUUCACCGCGAUGUUCGGAUUCAAACAAACGCCACCCCGAAGGAGGAAUGGGUUCUACGAUGGUUGUUGAAGAGACUAAGAAGUGGGAAGAACUACAGGAUGGACGCAGCUUCCUUUCUGCUACUACGUCAACUAAUUGAUCUGAUCUCGCCAAAGAACCUCGCUGCUAUUUUGAAGGAUCAGAAGCUUUUGUCAAUUCUAUGCGAAACGAUUGCAGAUCUGGAAGCCGAUAUUUUCGCCGGCCUAGGAAAUGGGAUUGCAGCCUGGAGCUCAGACUCAGAGUCCAGUCAGACUUCGCCUGAUUCCCCCCAUGACGAUCAUCGGGGAAGUCAAGGUAAAAAGAGAAAGAGAAUGACCAUUGAGAAUGGAGACGCAAUGGACGUGGAUGGAGACGAACACCGACAGAACCCCGCAGCAUGCUUCAGCACCUUCAUUCGCGCUUUGGAUUGUCUAUAUGGGAUCGUGACACUUACACACCGCACACUCGGCACUGAUGGAGUGGCAAACUCGCAUCUGAAGCUCGUGCUGAGAGGCGAGCCAGAGGCAGUCGCGAUGUUGCUGGGUCGAUCAUUCCGAGUGGCUGCUGUCGCCGCUAGGCAGUUUUCACAUGCGGGGAGGACGACUGAUCUUCAGCACUUGCUGUACGUGUUCCCUGCGGCAGUCGAGCUGUGGGAAUCACGAUCUUAUCGUCAAGAUGACACGGACAACAAAUCCAGCAAUGAGUUCUUCGCGAGACAUUGUUUUGCUCACGCCCUCAGGCUUCAGAUCUGCUUGCGGUCCGCCAAGCUUGAUACUGAUGAGUGUGCUCAUCUUCUUCAUUCUAUCGAGCGUAUUAUUGCUUUGCAUGUCUUGCUUCCAGCACGUGCGGCAUUCUUUGAAAGCGGAGGCUCUGGUAUCGACUAUUCCAAGGAUGAGCCCGAUUGGAGCCCAGUCAAGCCGGUUACUGAUACUUUCAAACCAAUAAUCCGCGAGUUUCCGGUAGCCAAGGACAACUCCUCGGGCGAACCCUGUGGCAGCCCGUGGAGAUCGGUUGAGCUUCUUCCUGAAUUGUUUGACAAUGCUGUCCGUGCUGUCCCGCGAGACGUAUUCCGCAGACAGACUCACGAAGCCCCAUGGCUGGAAACUUUGUUUGUUGCUGUUGCAGAAUUGGCCUUCUCUACCGCAAAGGAAGAGGACUUUGCUACAUUUGACUCGAAGUUCGUUGCGGUUUUGGAGCAGCUCCUCCGAGUGGCUCUUGAUCGGAACGUCGGCCUGUCCUUACAUACCAUCCUUGCACAUGCCAACUACACCGGUCUAUACGAGGAAGGCCUUGAAAAGGUUCAGUGGAAUGUGACAGCUUUGUUCAUCAGCCUUGGCGUGGACGUGUUCCUGCCCAAUUCUGGUUUACGCGACUCUCGCAAACUCCUCGAUGCAUUGCUCACAAAGGUUCAAUUGCAAUGGCGUGACAAUGCCGCCGAGGACUCCAGGGUUUACAACACGAUCAAGACCAAUGUUGUAAUUCCGCUUUUGCGAGGCUUCGCCGCGGCGAGAGAUUUGCCAACCUUUAUGGAGGUGUGGCACAACCAACUUGCUGCAGUGGAUGAGGCCCGCCAGGACAACAGUAGUCUGAGUUUGUUCUCAGUCUGGGAAGACGAUGAUCUCUCUGACACUUACGCCGAGAUUAUGCGAACCUCUCUCGCCGAGUCUCACAUCGCUGCCCAGAUGCGAACUGCCGCUAGCGAGACCAAGGCUGAUAAUGGAAAGAUUGCGGAAACCCCUCAUUCCUACGCGAAGUUUGUUAUUGUGGAAGCAAGCUUCCGGGGUCGUGUUUCGCCAUUCGCAGAAUCAGACAAGGUCUUCGCGUCGCUUCUUGAGACUGUGAUAGCGACUUUGUCCUCCAAGCAAUCUUUCCACUGGCGAUGGCGGUUGUGGCGGCUGGUUCGGAACCUUUUGGAUAACAGCUUGAAGUCAGCCGACGAUGCUCUUGCAAAGUCUGUGAUGGAACUGCUACAAGUCGCUGCAAAGGUCAUUCACCGCAACCACAAGGACCUGGCCAAAAGGCCUCUUGCCUCGCUUGAGUCUUGGGAAGCUUACAGAUUUGUUCUAGAUGCAAUCAAAGCACACGCAAAUGAAGAGCAGCGAAGCUCAUUCACUGCUGCCACCAAGGACAUCAUCGACCUUAUCGUCUCCAUCUCUCCUCGUGAUGCCAAAAAGUCGAUGAAAGCCCCUUGGAAUGGCCACACUGAUACAGUGGAGUCCCAAACCACUCUUGGUCUCGCUUACUUCCUGGCUUUGGUUAGAAUGCCAGAAGUCUGGAGCCAUAUCGCCUCUGAAGAGCGAUCGCGUUUGUUCCGGCACAUCUUGUCUCUGGCUGCUGCUCAGUACCAUUCUUCUUCGUUGCCUCUGGAGGUCAUUUCCGAAGAAGCCAGAUUCCUCCAAGCAUGGGCAAGUGUGGUUUGCCACGAAUAUCUGCUCAACGCUCCUCUGAUUGUAUCUGAUCUUUCCCUUCUUUUGAAUGAUUGUAUCGAGCAAGACUCCUCCAACCGCCAAAUCCUUGUUGAGAGUUUACAGAGAAUCCCUGCCCCAUUGAUCACCCGUGGACUGCGGACCACAAUUCUGAACAAACUGCAGGAUGUUGUACUUCAGCAGGACAGCUCCCCCGAAGUUGUGGUUGGCAUUCUCACGAUGAUGGCCAAACUGGCAGCCAUGCCCAAAUGUGAUGCCACAUUGACCAGCGACUGGGAGCCAAUCUGGACCACAGCUCGUGCAGUCUCUUUGAAGGGCACAGACACUGAUCUUCAGAUCAUGAAAGCGUUCCGAAGUCUGUACCGCGCUAUCCUAACUAAGCUCUUGGUCCUGUCCGAGAAUGAUCGCAACAAGCUGUUCAAGAAGCUCUUCUCCAGGGUAUCGAAGCAGACCUCGAAGAUGAGACAAGUCGAUCGUGAUUCCAUGGCUUGCUUCCUCUUGCGUCUUUCUCUGUCUGAGCUUUGGGUUCAGCGCAAAAAGCUGCAAACAGCCUUUUCCGAGACAGAACUGGCCGCCCUUCGUCAACGUGUGUUCGACCUGGUGCUGGCUGACAUGAAAUAUGUUAAAGAUCAGUGCAGAAAGCAGAAGAUGGAAGAGACUGUCACUCUUAUCAAGACCAUCGAUGCACUGGAGGAUUUCGAGGACCUAGCCCUCAAGAACAUCGAGGUCGAGAAGUUCCUGUCUAAGAUUCAGAACUAUAUGGAAAUGUCCAUUGACUCGGCGCCAUCCCGUCUGAUCCGACGCCGCCUUCUCGCCAGCAAGGGACCUGAGAAAAACAUUGUCCAACCAGUCCUUCAAUGCGCCGAGGCUCUGACCCUCCAGUCUCUUUACGACGAGGACCAGCAGCUGUUCAUCCGAACCACAACCGAGCGGUUCCGCUCCAUGCCCGUGGAGAAAACUACCCAGGCAAUUUGUGAAGUUAGAGGGCUCGGCUUGAUUGGCCAGAACGCCGGAUACAGGCUCCUAGUGAUCUACCUUGCCAUUGCCUCCCUCCCUCCCAUCGAGGACAAAGAGGGCGCCACAGCUCGAGAACUAUCCCUUCUCUGCACUGCUCUCGCGGAAGUCAUUCCCCAGAGCACGAGCAUCGACCAGUUCUGCUUCGCAUCGGAAUGUCUGGAUCUUCUCCUCCGCACCCAGACCCGCAGCCUAUCCCAGUGCAACAUUGACGCCAUUCUCGCGGCAAUCGCCAGCGCCUCCUCCAAGAUCGGACCCCAGAUCUCCUCCGAAUACGCCCCAACAAUCUACACCCGCCUCUGCCGCCUGAUGGGCGUCGUCUUAAACCUCCAGCGCCUCAAGAUCGGCGGCCGCUUCCAUCUCGUCGUAAACGCCAUGCAACGCCUCCUGGGCUGCCUAUUCGCACGCUCCCGCAAACGCGGCCGCUCCGCCCGCUCCCAGACCACCCUCUCGCAGCCCUUCUGGCUCGCCCCACUGGAAGCCUCACACGCCAGCUACUACACACGUCUGCUCACGUCGCUCUGCGACCCAACUGUGUCAUCCGUGCUACGCCCACAACCCGGCCAAUCCCGCGAGGCCCUCACGGAUCAAACCAAGAAAGCCAAGCGCAUCGCUGGACAGUACCUGCAGUACGUAGUCAUGGAGUAUGCACAGUGUUCGUUGCGGGGCUCAUUGUCACCGGAAGUCAAGGCAGCCAUUAUGCCCGGACUGUAUUCUGCUUUGGAUGUGAUGUCGCGCGAGUCUAUGCGCGCUCUCAAUGCUGCGUUAGAUGUCUCUGGUCGGGCAGUGUUCAAGUCCCUUUAUGAUGACUAUGUCAAGUUCGGCAAGUGGAAUAAGGCUUGA